CCAUAACAAAAUAGUGAAGCGCCGGUGAUUAGAAAGCCAACUGUCACCGCUAGUUGCUUCCGCGUUGGUGGAUACGACCAGAGCACCAUUUGGAUUUUGCUAGUUCUUCUCUGGUAGAGAGUAGAGAUGAUUGGGGAAGAAAAAGAGCGAAUUGGGCGAUUUUCUGCUGCCUGAAUUGGGCUAAGGGCUGGUUGCAGAAUGGGCCGUGAAUGGCCUUAACUGUAUCUGACAUUUGAUUUAGCCCAAUAAAUUAUUCAUCAAAUUGUUGUUUUGUGUUCUGUUUUCUCCUCUCAGAAACCCCAAAUAAAACCAGCAGAGCAGCCAUGAAUCCUUUUUCCUGCAAAAUCCAUGCCUUUAAAAUCUCCUUCUAACGCUUCAAUCCGUACUCUCAUCAAUUCUUGCAAAACUAUCGGCCACCUCUACCAGUUGCACGCUCUCAUAAUCCGCAAAGGACUCGAGCAAGAUCACUUUCUCGUUUCCUACCUUCUCAACCGCUCCAAUUCUGUUUCCUAUGCCUUAUCCAUUUUUGAUUGCCUUCUCACUCCCUCCACUCUCCCCUACAACAUCCUUCUCAAAAUCUACUCCCACAAGUCUCAUUUUGACGAUACGUUAUCUCUCUUUAUCCGCAUGAAGCGGAGUGAAUACGCAUGGCCGGACAAGUACACGUAUCCUUCUCUUAUAAGGUCGUGUUCGAAUGAGUGCAGAUUAAAGGAAGGUGAAAUAUUUCAUGGCUCGGCAAUAAGAUGUGGGGUUAGUGACGAUGUGUAUGUUGGGUCUAGUUUGGUAGAUUUUUAUGGAAAAUGCAAGGAAAUAUUUUCUGCAAGAAAGGCGUUCGAUGAGAUGACUGAGAGGAACGUGGUUUCUUGGACGGCAAUAGUCGUUGGGUAUGCGAAUGUUGGGGAUAUGGAUAACGCGACGAGAAUGUUUGUUCAAAUGCCGGAGAGGAAUUUAACGUCGUGGAAUGCUAUGAUUGGUGGGUUGGUGAAAGCAGGAGAUUUGCGUAGUGCUAGGAAAUUGUUUGAUGAAACGCCUGAGAGGAAUGUUGUUUCUUUUACUGUUUUGAUUGACGGGUAUGCGAAGGUGGGGGAUAUGGCAUCUGCGAGGGCUUUGUUUGAGAAAUCUCCGGAGAGAGAUAUCAUUGCUUGGGGGGCUUUGAUUUCAGGAUAUGCUCAAAAUGGGCAGCCUAAUGAGGCUGUGAAGAUAUUUCUUGAAAUGGAGUCGAUGAAUGUGAAGCCUGAUGAGUAUAUAAUGGUGAGCUUGAUGUCGGUUUGUGCUCAAGUGGGAAGUUUGGAUUUUGCGAAAUGGGUUGAUUGUUAUUUGUGCCAAAGCUCGAUUGAUAAAGGUCAGACUCACGUUAUUGCUGCCCUUAUUGACAUGAAUGCCAAGUGUGGGAACAUGGAUAGAGCAAAAAAGUUGUUUGAAGAGAUGCCUACUCGAGAUCUAAUUUCAUAUUGUUCUAUGAUACAAGGAUUGUCCAUUCAUGGGUGUGCCGAAGAGGCCGUUGGAUUAUUCAAUAAGAUGCUAAAUGAGAGAUUAAUUCCUGAUGAGGCGGCAUUUACUGUCAUUUUGGCAGCUUGCAGCCGAGGGGGGCUUGUUAAAGAGGGUAGUCACUAUUUUGAAACCAUGAAAAAUAAGUAUUCUAUUGUUCCCUCCCCUGACCACUACGCAUGUAUGGUUGAUCUUCUUAGCCGAUCAGGACAGCUAAAAGCAGCUUUUGAGCUUCUAAAUUCGAUGCCUGUGGAACCUCAUGCAAGUGCUUGGGGUGCACUUCUUGGAGCUUGUAAGCUGUAUGGCGACGUUGAGCUGGGGAAAGUUGUUGCUAGGCGAUUGUUUGAGCUUGAACCCAAAAAUUCCGGUUCUUAUGUGCUUUUGUCGAGCAUAUAUGCUGCAGCAGACCAGUGGCAGGAUUUUGCUAUUGUUAGGGACAAAAUGAGGGAGAGAGGGUUUAGGAAAAUACCUGGUCGUAGUUGGAUAUCUCAUAAUAGGUAGGAUCUCUUGGCACCACCUCAAUGACCCCAUUUGUCUGUCCAGAAUCAGAAGGAAUUGGGAAAACGAAAAAAAAAAAAAAAGCAAGCUUGUUCAUAUUUUUUAUCCUGGAAGGGCAAGCUUGAGGAACUUAAAUGUGUAAUCUUAGAUUCCAAAUCGAUUGAUGUGGUUUUUAGAGAUUUUUGGGCCUCCUGUUCUGAAUCUGUGACUCCAGCUUGGUGGCAUUAAACAUGGAGAAAGUGCAUUUUGAUUGUAGGGCUUCAAAUUGCCGCCUCAAGUUAGUGUCAGAAAUGUGACCAUUGGUUUUUAUGAAUCAAAGUUGAAUCGAAAGUGUCAUCUUGCACAUGCCUAAAUAUCCAAUUAACAAGUAAGACGUUGGAAAAUAGUUAUUACUACUGUACUUUCUAACUCAUGCAACUGCAGUGAAGAUCCUCCACUAGAUUCUUGUGGGAUCAGUUUUGAUUAUUACCUGUAUACAGUACGUAUUCAUGUUUUCAGUGGAAGAAAUUUAUUUAAUCUUGAAGCUCAUGUCAAGAUGGCUGUUGUCUCAUAAAUCAUCUAUACCAACUGUUUCAUUCCUCUGCUCUCAUUUUUGAAGCAAUGAUCAGGAUUCAGGAUGUUGUCUUUAUAUUUGAUCAUUAUUAAUUCCUCUACUAUAUUGUUAAUGUUAAGGAUGGGUCCAUUGCAAACUAGGAUAUUGAGAAAGAAGGAAAAAUGCCAGAUUUGAUUGUAACUUGUA